ACCCGGACUGUGCGGCGGCUCUAGCCCACGCAUAGCCCGGUCACUUUACCAUGAGGUCCGCAUGGACCGUGGCGCAGGCCCGGCGCGCACCUGGAGCACAUAUCUGCGACCACUGCCGUGCGCAAACGCGCAGAUUAGCGGGGAUCCGGCGAGCAACGGGCGAAGCAACAGGAAAAUGCUUCUGUAUGUCCGGACCCAAAAGCGUAACCUUUCGAUCUAAUUGCUAAAUGGAUCAAUCGUCUGUUACAGUUUCAUCUUGCAACGUCUUUUUAAAAAGUAAUAUGUUCGUAUGAACUGUCCACUAAGCGUUAGUGUAUAAUCCAAUUUAGCCAUUAGCGGCUGUGCAUUGGAUAUUUUAUUCUCUAGUGCAUUCUUCAAGUUUCGUGGUGUCAUGCAGUUAAUUAACCACACUAAUCAUAGCCACAGUCGGCUAAACCGGCAGAGUAGCAGGGAAGGAACAUCGGCAGGACUCGUUCUAGUGUAACUUGUUUUUAAGCAGUGGUCAAAGACUGUAGACUGUCUUUAGGCUCUCUGUUUAAAGAUAGGCUACCGGAGGCUACAAGUCUCCAACGAAAACAUUAAAAACAAAAUAAAUUAAAAAUUAGAAACUGCCUCAUUAAAAUGAGAAAAUCACUUUUCAAAACAGCAAAAGUGUUUCCUUGGAUAACCAACGUUACGUUGUACGGAUGCUUGUUCGCUGGUGGAGAUUUUGUUCAUCAGUACAUCGCGCACAGGGAUGAGAUUGACUGGAGACACACGAGAAAUGUGGCGCUUGUGGCCAGUAGCUUCCAGGGGAACUUUAAUUACUUCUGGUUGCGGGCUUUGGAACGACGAUUCCCGGGAAGGUCGCUUGGUAUGAUCUCCCGCAAGUUGCUCUUGGACCAGAGUUUUGCAUCACCACUAGCGACAAGUGUCUUCUACACAGGAGUAAGUUUUUUGGAGGGCAAAGAAGACGUAUUUGAGGAUUGGAGGGAAAAGUUUUUUAACACAUACAAGACUGGACUUAUGUACUGGCCAUUCAUGCAGUUUUGGAAUUUCAUGCUGAUGCCGCCGUAUUUGCGCGCGGUGUUCAUGGGCUGCUCCGCGUUCAUCUGGGCCACGUUUUUAUGCCUCACGCAGCAGAGCGGCGACGGCACGGUAGCUGUCGCUCUGGAGAGGAUAAUGGCCCGCCCCCCAGAUGAGGCUCUUGGCCAACGAGAAGUGAAAACGGGACAGUGCAAAUGAACAACGUGCUGUUACAGGACGACAUCUCUGUCCUUCAGUGGGCCUAGGGAUUCACAGCUCUAUUUUGUGCCUUGUGUAUAUCGUGUGUUUAUUUAAUGUGUUAAUAUUUCACAGAGGAAAAGCUGUUUCUUCACUUGAAAUGUCUUUAAUUACAUUAGACAGCUACUGAACCUGGAUACCAUAUUAAAAUAACUUCCUUAUUUAGACAUUACUGCGUCAGACGUUUUAUCCUCAAUGUCUGUAUA